AUGCCGGAUGCAGUUAAUGCAAUUAUGAAAAAUCAAUCUAUGAACGAUUUUAUCGAUAGUUUACCAGACGUUGCUACUGCUACAAAAAUGAUAAAAGAUAUUUCAUAUAUUAAGCAGCAAGGUGGUUUUGUGAUGCGUAACUGGUUAAGUAAUAAUCCAAUUGUUCUUAAUGAUAUGCCAAAAGAGACUUUAAAUGACAUGGCGAUACGGUUUAAUGUCGAAUCCCAGGCAGAACGAACGCUUGGGCUUUUGUGGUUUCCCGCGAGUGAUAUGUUCGGGUUCGAUCUUUCGUUAAAGCGUAUACCGAGUGAUAUUUUACAACUAUCACGAAAACCGACUAAGCGUGAAGUUCUUCGCAUUAUAAUGUCUGUAUAUGAUAUUCAUGGUUUUUUAGCUCCUUUUACGAUAAAAUCUAAAAUGUUAAUGCGCGAAAUAUGGAAUGUAGGUAUAAAGUGGGAUCAGGAAAUAACAGAUAGUCUAUUUGUUUUAUUUAAAGAUUGGAUUUCGCAGUUACAAGAAAUGAGUUACGUUCGAAUCCCGCGCUGGUAUUUCUAUAGCGACGAUUCUGUCGGUGUGAAUGAGAAGAACGGCCGCACCGUAAACGACAAUGAGACGUCGUUGCAGUUACAUAUUUUUUGUGAUGCAUCUCCAUGCGCAUACGCAUGUGUUGCUUAUUGGCGUAAACAAGACAGCAACUGCGUACAGGUGUCAUUCAUUGCGAGUAAUAGUCGCGUAGCGCCGUUAAAACCGUUAACUAUGCCUAAACUCGAACUUCAAGGUGCGUUAUUAGCAUGUCGCUUGGCAGACUAUAAAAAAGGAGCAUAG